CAUUUCAGAGUCCGUUCGCCAUGUUAGUCGCUUGCGACCAGCCAAAUAGCAUUUCCCGUUUACGAGAAAAUAGUGGAAUGCACGUGUGACAGCCGGGACUUGGGUCGCGUUUUUCUUCUGUUUUCCCUUUAACCUCCUUUCUAUCUCCUUGUCCCGAGCUAUACCUUUAAACCUGAAAUCUUUGAAAAUGCUGAAACCUGAGACACGUCUGGAAUGGGCCUUUGUUGGCAUAACAGCUGCUCAGGCUAUUAUCAUCAUUUCUCUGCAAACGGUCAUUCUUGUGGAGUAUCUCGAUUGGGUGAAUCCCGUUGUAUAUCAGGUCCCUGUCUCAUAUGUCACUCCCGUGGCCUCCGCUGUAUCAAUUAUCAGUUUUGGAUUCCAAGCUGUUCUGUCCGUGGAUUCAUGUCGCAUUAAGAACAAGGUUCAACUAUGGACACAAGGUAUCCUCAACAUCUGCUUCUCAAUUGCCACUGGUAUGGAGUAUUUCCAAGUGAACGAUGCCACGGAGAGAGUUAGUCGGGGGUACGAUAUGUACAAAAAGCCUUUUGCAGACAAUAUCUUUUUCUCCUGGUCUUUGUAUGAGCACAUCAGCCCGGAUUUGCGGAUGACAGCAAGACAUGUCAAGUACCUGGCAUAUCUUGUCUUUCUCAAAGUCUCCCUCUUACUAAUCAACCUAUUCUUAAUUACUUAUGGCCUCGUGGACGUUCACUAUCGGGAGCCAGAGUUUGGACUAACUAUGACAAUAAUUCCCGUCUCAAUCAUUCACGCGAUCCUUGCUGCUACAUGCAUCAAAAAGGAAUACAUGCCAGGCAUGGUGGUGGUGAUAAUGUUUCAUAUAGCAGCGAUAGUAUACCUGGUCACGCGACUCAUAGUGCUGACUGGCGAUGGGCUGCUGGCAAGCACAUUGAUGAAGGAAGAGAUGUUGCUUUUUGCCACAUUUGCGCUUGUCUUUACCAUCAUAUCUAUUGCUUUUGCUGUCCUGUGCGUUUUCAAUUUCGGAAAGGGACUCAAGCCGCUACUGCAAGGCCAAGGCACAAAUAAUAUACCUACUUCAACGAGCGCAUUGGAGCUCAACCCACGGCACCUCAGCAUCCGAACUAUGGACUCUGAACGGAUGUCCAAACGGUUUGACAUUGAUUAG